AAUUUCAGAUAUAAACAAAUAAAUACUUAUAAUCGUUAGCUUUUUUGGAAGGGAAAUCCUAAGCUAUUCCCUAAUAAAGACUUGCUCGCUUCUUUCUCUCCAUUCACUUUCCCCUCUCCCUCUCUCUCGCCGGCGCGCUCCUGUUUCAGUCAUAUUUCCGCAAAAUGGUUGUCCCUCCGCCAGUAAGGCCGGAAAGAGUGACGAAGUAUCUCAAGCCAUACGUCCUAAGGAUGCACUUCACCAAUAAGUAUGUAAACGCACAAGUUGUCCACACACCAACUUCAACAGUGGCUGCUGCUGCUAGCACGCAGGAGAAAGCCCUUAGGCUGGCCAUGGAAAAAGAGAAAGAGAACACUAGGGAUGUUGCUGCUGCUGCAAAGAUCGGCAUGAUACUCGCACAACGGCUGCUCGUUAGAAACAUACCAGCCGUUACUGUGUUCUACAAGAGAGAUCAAAAAUACCAUGGCAAGGUGAAAGCAGUAGUUGAUCAAUUAACAAGUGCAGGGGUGAAAUUGAUAUGAACAUGAUGUUGGUUUUUUAUUGAUCUUGCAUCUGAUGCUGGUGAUGAAUCUCAAGACAUAAAUAUUUCAGUGUGCUAGAAUCACUUAGCUCUUGUAUUUUGACUAUUGUUUUGAGGUUUCAAAUGAUGAAUAAUUCAUGUUAUGGCU